AUGGUCAUCUUCACCCUUGUCGCCUACUACCGCCCCAUGGAAGGCCCUCCCCCCUACCCCUACACCACCACUGUCGACUACCUGCGCCUGGCUGGGGAGAUCGUCACCCUUCUUACCGGCAUCCUCUUCUUCUUCACAAACAUCAAAGAUCUGUUCAUGAAGAAGUGCCCAGGCGUGAACUCCUUCUUCAUAGAUGGCUCCUUCCAGCUGCUCUACUUCAUCUACUCGGUGCUGGUGAUCGUCACGGCGGGGCUGUACCUGGGCGGCAUCGAGGCGUACCUGGCCGUCAUGGUCUUCGCCUUGGUCCUGGGAUGGAUGAACGCGCUGUACUUCACCCGGGGGCUCAAGCUGACAGGGACCUACAGCAUCAUGAUCCAGAAGAUCCUCUUCAAAGACCUGUUCCGCUUCCUCCUGGUCUACUUGCUCUUCAUGAUCGGCUACGCAUCAGCUCUGGUGUCCCUCCUCAACCCAUGUCCCAGCAGCGAGUCCUGCGGCGAGGAGCAGUCCAACUGCACGGUGCCCACCUACCCCUCCUGCCGCGACAGCCAGACCUUCAGCACCUUCCUGCUCGACCUCUUCAAGCUCACCAUCGGCAUGGGCGACCUGGAGAUGCUCGAGAGCGCCAAGUACCCCGGUGUCUUCAUCAUCCUCCUCGUCACCUACAUCAUCCUCACCUUCGUGCUGCUCCUCAACAUGCUCAUCGCUCUCAUGGGGGAGACCGUGGGCCAAGUCUCCAAGGAGAGCAAGCACAUCUGGAAGCUGCAGUGGGCCACCACCAUCCUGGACAUCGAGCGCUCCUUCCCUGUAUUCUUGCGGAGAGCCUUCCGCUCGGGGGAGAUGGUCACCGUGGGGAAGGGCACUGAUGGGACGCCUGACCGCCGCUGGUGCUUCAGGGUGGACGAAGUGAACUGGUCCCACUGGAACCAGAACCUGGGCAUCAUCAGCGAGGACCCGGGCAAGAGCGACACGUAUCAGUACUACGGCUUCUCCCACACGGUGGGCCGGCUGCGGAGAGGUGAGCACAGCGCCCCGGAGGAGGUGGUGGUGCCGCUGGGGACCGCGGGGACGGCGGAGAUGCGGGAGCGACGGCACGGCCAGGCCUCGAGCUCCCCGCUCUAG